AACAUUGAGAAAAUAUGGCGGUUCUCGUAGUGGUGAACUUCUAAAAGCCAUCCCUGAAAGAGACAUCUGAACCCGCAAUGUCGGAUCAUUUUUACUUGUUUGCUGGUUUAGGAAGCGCUGCUGUAUCAGCUUUAUUCUAUGGUGUGUACAAAAACAGGGAAGGUGCCAUACGAAGCUUGCAGGUUCGUGCGUGUUCUAUCUUGCGUUUCUGUCUAUAAUUCAGACCGGUUUCGCUUGAGAUUUUUCUAUAUGAUUCUUUGUAAAUCAAUAACAUGAAUGUCCUUUUAUCCAUGGAUUAAAAUUUUUGUGAUAUAGACAUAGGUGUCCUCAAGUUUUGAGACUGUACAAUCUUUCCAACAACAAAAAGAACGAAAAAAUGAUUCGAUUGCAGUAUGUACUUCUAAGCUUCAGGGAACUUUGACACCCCAUUUAGGAAUCUUAUGUGUCUUUUUUUGUUACAUAAGUAUGUCGACACAGGUGAAGGAAAUGAUGGGACACUUUGAAGUUAUUCUGACUGCGUAGGGCUUUUCCUUGCCGAUCAAUUAGGCUACUGACCCUUACCAAGAUCUCGCCCCACCACGCUUCCUUUCUUUACAAUUCCGGUGUGGCCCAAGGCCUCUGUUUCACCACCGUGAUCUUGAUCGCUAGUCUAAAAAUUGACCUAUAAUACUUAAGUUAGGUUACCAGGAAGAAAUUUGGAAGACUGCACCCAGUUAAAUCAUGAUGACCCUGUUGAAAUUUCUCUUGAUAACAUUAACUCAGCUGAAUCUUAGCUCAUAUCUCGUCUAAAUUUUAAAUAUGAACAGACGUCUCAAGGGUCAGCCUAAUCAUCAAACUAAUAUCUAGGGGCCAUUUGGAACUGACUGAAGGUGUACAUCUUCUAGCAUAAAAUUAUGGAUAAGGUAUAACAAUAUCACACCCCUCAAUGAAACACUAAGGUCACAAGAAUAAAGGAAAUGAUCACCAACCAAAGAAACUCUAGAUUGUGAAACAAAUUUUCCUAGUCAGCACUGUACGCAUUCCAGUGAGGAGAAUAUGCACACUGAUGUCAGGGUGUAAAGGGUUAAUGAUGGACACUCGGGACCCCAUAUCUUAAGUUCUGUUUUUCAAUCUUGGCUAGGUCAUUUUUUUGUGUUCUUGAGCCAAACACUUUACUCUGACAAAGUCUCUCCAUUCAGGAGUAUGAAUGGGUACCACAAAACUGUGGGGGAAGCUUGUUCAGUUACAUUGGUAUAACCUGUAAUGCUUAUGAAUGCUUUGGUUUUAUUCAGAAUGCAGUAGAAUUUGAAAUUGGAUCACAACUGAGAAAUGCCCUUUUGGCCUCUGACACCCACUCAAUACCUUAUGGUGUUAUCAGAGGAGAGACAAAGCCUCAGAAAUCUAAUGAGGUGAUCAGAAGUUCCCAUGUUGCAGAUGUUACUGGAGUCAUGCAGCGUGUCAGAACGCGUGAGCAUAAGAGUGAAUGGAGUCGAACAACAAGGCUGUGGUAGGUAAAUGAUAUUGAUAAUGAUGAUGAUGAUGAUAAUACAUGUUCUUAUAAAAUUGUGCAAUGAUGACUCGCUUGAUAUUUUGUUGCAGCACAACAUCAAAAAGCCUUGUUGAUGUAUUCGGUUCUUUUAAUAGUUGAAUUAGUUUUUUAAAACAUAAACUGAACACAAUUUUUAAACUGUUUUCCAAACAUAUAAAAAUCUAUUUUCAAAGUGUUCAGAUAUUGUAAUAAAGGUUAAGGUUACAAAAGGGCCAAGUUGUUGUGUCCAUGUGUGCCUGUUGACUACAUGUUCUCUCUGCAGUAAGCAUGUUUUGACAUGCUUGCUGUAAAGAGAACUUGUAGUCAGUGGUAAAAGACAGAAUCAUGACCUAAGUUUGAGUUUUCUUAAUACAGGGUGCAUGCUAAAUUUGAGGUUCAUUUUAUGCUGGUUUCACUGUACACACUGAUCCAGAUAUUGUAAUAAAUGUUUAGAGUUACAGAAGGGCCAAAUUUUCUUGUCCAUGUGUGCUGCUGACUAACAUGCAUACUGCUAAGAGAACUUUUAGUCAGCAGUUAAUGACAGAAUCACAACCUAAGUUAGGGUUACAAAAGGGCUAAGUUUCUUUGUCCAUGUGUGCUUAAAAGACAUGCCUGCAGACUAUUAACAUGCUUUCUGUGAAGAGAACUUGUAGUCAGAAGACAGUACAAUUCUAGAAGACAGAAUCGUGACCUGAGUUUGAGUUCUCCUCAUGAUGACUUCAACACGGACAAAGUGGGUAAUUCUGUGAACCCCACUCAAGUGGGGUUCGUGCAUAUGUAUGAGCACUGUUACUCAGUAACGCAUGACGUAUUUUACGUCAUGUUCCACUGGGAGUCUUAGAUGGAAGCUGUGUAGUAAAACUUGUUUGGAUGCUGUCAGAGAAACUAGGAUAGAUCGAGAAAUUCAAAGUGAACUUUGUUAAAUUGAUUAUUUAUUUUGUAGCUGGUGUUUUGACCAUAAUUUGGAAAGCUUUGUUUGCUAAGUGGAUAAAGAUAAAGCAGAUGUAGUUUAGAAAAUGGUUUUUAACUUUGAAAUUCUUAAAGAUUUUGUCUUUGAAUGAUUAUGCAAAUUCAAGUUUGAAUUUGAAGCAAACCGUAAUUUGAGCUUUUUGUUUACACAAGUUUGGGUGAUAUUUAAAAGUAAAAGCUGGUCUUCUUUAAGUGAAGACAUUGUUCACUGAAGGGAAAGGUUUCUUCGCUUUCUUUUCCGAUCCAGCAAUGUUUGAUCCCUGAUCUCUUGUGGAUCACAAAUGCGGCGAUUCCACUCUGCAUUCCAGCUGUCAAAGGACAGAAUCAUUGUCUACUUCUUCAACAGCGCAUGAACACCAAACUCCUCCUUCAUUGACUGCUUCAGCUUUGAAGCCCACAGUUUGUGGAAGCGCCGUCAUGUUUUUAGUUAACUGUGCAUUUAACUCAUGCGAUCAAAACAGGUUUGCAAUCAAUAAAGCUGGCCGAUUUGUUUUGAUGAAUCUGCAAGCAGUUGCUAGGAUACUAAGUGGUGUCCAGUAUCCCUGGGUAAUUUUAGCAUCUCAUUGCACAUGUGUUCAUUAAAACCAGAAUUAUUAAUUAAUUACACACUUUGUCCAUGUUGAAGUUGUAAUGUAAUACGGGUGCAUGCUCAAUUUGGGGUUUAUCUUAUGCUGGUUUAACUGCACACACUGAUCCUUUUUGUAUCCACUUGCAGGCAUGACAUGGAGAGAACUAUCAGCUCAGCAUCAUCUUCAGUUCCAUUCUGUUUGUCUAGAAAUGGUGACUGUGUUAAUGUCAUGGAACCGCUGUCAGCUGAACAACUUACCCUCAAAGUUAUUCAUGACAAGUUUGAACCAGUCAGUAGCUCGGUGGCAGAGUCCUUAGUACAGUGGGCCAGUGGUGACAAGACCAAAGGCUUCCAGACAAUUGAACAGAUGUUACCAGUUGGUACGACUCUCACUGGAAUUGGAGAAAUCACACUUACUGAUGAUGGCAUCAAGAUAGGACCCCCAAAAUCUGGUCUGACUUAUUAUCUAUCUCAAUUCACAUUAGAUGCUAUUGUGAGACAGCUGCAGUCAGGAAAGAAGGUUUGGAAAAUCUUGAGUGCCAUCUUUGCCUUUGGAAGUGGCAUAUUGUUCUUGGUGUCCCUGUUUCUUUAUUUCAAGAGACGGCGUGACAGGGAAGUGGAACUGGACUUGAUGCGGAGAAUGCGAGAGGAGGUGAAUGUUUUGGGUGAGGGUGAAGUAUUAGAUCAGCAAGAAGCCUGUGUUAUUUGCAUGGACAGACAGCGCAAUGUUGUUAUUUUAGACUGUGGCCAUAUUUGUUGCUGUAUAGACUGUGCUCAACGGGUCAACAACUGCCCUGUGUGUCGCCGUGUUAUUGCAAGGUUGAUUCCCACAUUCAAUAGUUGAAACUGAAAGUUCUUGUCUCUACUAAGUUAUUGUGAUAUCAAACUGAGAGUUAGUGUUAAUUCACAUGGAUCACAUGUAGGUUUAAUGGUUCCAAACUCUGCUAAAAUUUCCAGCACCAACCUUUAAAUCACUUUCAAUGGCCUUGUAUUUGGCAAAACUAUGGAACAAGUUUUAACCAGAAGUUUGCAGAGACUAGAAAAAUCUGUAUGUAGCAUGUAUAUUGUAUGUAGUACACUUCAUUGUUUUCAGUGAAUUUUUUUCUUUGUUUAAUUUUUUUUCAAACCAGUUUGUCUUGUAUUUGAUAUGCUAUUCUGAGAAAGGGAAAGUAAGAAACAAACUGGUUUGAAACAUCUUAGAAAAAGAAAAAAAAAUGUUCAACUGCUAAGUAUGCUGUUAUGUUUAGAAUGUUAAGGCUGAAGUAUUUGCGUAGAACUGAACGAGCAAUGUGGGCUGUGUAACAAUAAUUUAGGUGUGAAAGAAAUUAAUAAUGGAAAAGAAAUAAUUUAGUGGUAGUUGGAGUAAACUGACAUUAGGAAUUUGAACACUAUGUUGAUCAAAGGCUCUACAUUUCAUUGGUUUUUGUAGUGGUUCAAAGUGGUAGAAUUGCUUUUGUUCAGUUUAUUUCCUACAUUUACUUGGAGUCAAGUUGUAUUGUAUACUAAUAAAAAGAACAAAGUUAAU